CACGAGUUCAUGUCCGUUGUUUUUAUUUAUACUUCCAAUUAAUUGCUGCACUUAUUUCUGUUUAUACUCCCAGUUGAUUGUUGUGUUAUUGUCUUAACUUGGUUUCUUUUGAAAGCACAAAACAUCACUUUGAUUUUCUGCCAUGUUUAAAAUCCACAGUAAGUCAGGGUUGCUGUAUGAGGGAAGGUCCUGGCAUCUCUGAAGCUUGGGUACUAAGCUGGCUUCAUGGGAUCCUUUGGGUGGCCUUCUCAGCAUCGACUUGCACUUUUUCUUUUCAAUCUAGUGGCCGAGCAGGCAGAAUCCAUUGACAACCCAUUGCAUGAAGCUGCAAAAAGAGGCAACUUGAGCUGGUUGAGAGAGUGUUUGGACAACCGAGUGGGUGUUAACGGCUUGGACAAAGCUGGAAGCACUGCCCUCUACUGGGCUUGUCACGGGGGUCACAAAGAUAUAGUAGAAAUGCUGUUUACUCAACCAAACAUUGAACUGAACCAACAGAACAAGCUGGGAGACACAGCUUUGCAUGCCGCUGCCUGGAAGGGUUAUGCAGAUAUUGUCCAGUUGCUUCUGGCAAAAGGUGCUAGAACAGACUUAAGAAACAACGAGAAGAAGCUGGCCCUGGACAUGGCUACUAAUGCUGCCUGCGCCUCUCUCCUGAAAAAGAAACAGGGAACAGUUAUCUUUCUACCCCGUGACCUUGCCUUCAGAUGCAGUCCGAUCAUUAAGCAAUGCCGAGGACUAUCUUGAUGAUGAAGACUCAGAUUAAUUCCCUUCCGGAGCUUUGAGAUCUGAAACUUCUGUUGCUUUUGCCAUUUCAAAACCUUGUCUUUGUCAGAAGAGUGUUGGUAACUGUAAAAAAAAAAAAGUAUAUAUGAAUGUGGCAGUAUUGCACUGUGUUUGAGUAAAACUUGUAAGUGACUAGUUCUCACCUUCGGCUUGCCAAUAAGUGACUGGAUAUUUUGCUGUAUAAAGUACAUGUUUGCUCACCAGAGUAGAACAAGAGGAGGUUAUUUCUAUUUAUCAAGCUUAAAGGAAUUUUAAGAAUUUUUUUCUUUAAAAAAGUCAGGUUUUUUUUUUUUUUAAAGUUCUUUACCUCAAGGAUCGAGAUAUUUUGAAUGGAUUUUUCAAGGGAGGAAUGCUUAUUAUAAUAAUAAACCAAAAGAUUUAACAAAAUUGUCAGCUAUUCUGACAAAAAUAAACAUUUUAAGAGACU